AUGGGUAAACUGUGUUUACGGUCAUAUAUAAAAACUCGUUUUUUAUUAGGUUUAACUGCUGCACAAAUUCAUGAUGAAUUAGCUGCUGCUUAUGGACAAGGUGUUGUUUCAUAUCGUAUAGUUGCUCGAUGGAUUGAACGAUUUUCAAACGAGCGAGAAUCCUUGGAAGAUAAUCCUCGAAGUGGUCGUCCAAUCAGAGGCGGCGGAACGACUCUAAUUUAG